AUGGGAUUAAAUCGAGUCUCCAGCUUCACUGCAGACGCUAACCACGCCAACACCUCUGGCACCCUGCCCAGCUCGUCGCUCCAUCGGUCGUCCUGCAGCAUCGACGAAUCCUACAAGUACGUCUUCCUGCCCGUCUGCUACUCGCUGACGUUCCUCUUCAGCCUCACGCUCAACUCGGUGGUGCUGCUGCGCUCCUGCCGCCACCACGGCGGCUGCUGCGGCACUGGCGGCCGGCGCUGGAACACGUCGCUGAUCUACAUGGUGAACCUGGCCACCACGGACCUGAUGUACGGACUGUCGCUGCCGUUUCUGGUGGCGAGCUACGUGCUGAGGGACAGCUGGGUGUUCGGGGACUUCAUGUGCCGCCUUGUGCGCUUCCUCUUCUACUUCAACCUCUACUGCUCCAUCUUCUUCCUCACCUGCAUCUCUGUGCACAGGUACUUGGGGAUUUGCCAUCCGAUGAGGACCAUCACUCUGGAGAGCAAGCGGGUGGUGAAGGGUACCUGCGCGUUGGUGUGGGUGGUGGUUUUCAUUCUCACCUGCCCCAUCUUCAGGUUCGCUCAGACGGGAUACAUCAGGCGCGGCGGCAGCAGAGUCCCUGGAUCUGAAGGAGAAGAAGGAGACGGUGGGAAUACGACAGCGGAACAGGACGGGGAAGGAUACAUGAACUGCUGGGACGAUGCCAUCGAUAAGGAGUUUGCAGACUACGUACCAUACGGAAUCGUCCUCCAUCUGCUGGGCUUCUUCGUGCCCUUCGUCAUUAUUGCGUGGUGCUACUCUCAGGUGGUCAGGACCAUAUUUCAGACCCUGCGCUCUCCUCCAAGCUCGAUAGCGGGUGGUGAUGACUGUCAUGUGGGGGACGGAGCAACAGAGGGAGUAAGAGAUCGGGAUAGAACCUCGGUUUCCAUCUCAGGCUCGCAGUACUCCCACUACAUCCGCCGCCGGCGGAAAUCCAUCAAGACCAUUGUGACCAUCACGCUGCUGUUUGCGCUCUGCUUUUUGCCCUUCCAUGUGACGCGGACACUGUUCCUGCUCCUGCGGCGCGGGCAGCUCGGAGGCUGCAACGUCAUGAAGACCGUUUCCAUCUGCUACAAGGUCACGCGGCCGCUAGCCUCCUGCAACGCCUGGCUUAAUGCCCUCCUAUAUUUCCUGACGGGAGAUAAGGGCGCCCCCUGCUGCUGGCCUGCAGGGGGCGCCCCCUGCUGCUGGCCUGCAGAAAACACUGUCCGUCGAGACCACCGGAGUGGCUCCCUCUGGUGGCCACUGAAGCUCCUAAAGAAGGAGGCGAUGGGGGAGGACGACCAGGAGGCGGCAGAGAAGGUUGAAAGGGAAGUACACAUGGAGAACGAGUCCAAGUCUUCGAGAGUCAUCUUCUGAGACGUUUUUAUAAAACAUGCAGUGACAUCACAAGUCGUUUGACUGACUCACACAAACUACACGGACUACAUCUUCUCUAUAAUUCUGUGUUUCCAUCACGGUAUGGUUCGGUUCGGUACAGUACACUACGGUACGGUUUGGAAUGGUAAAGUUUUAGAUCAGGCUUGUGUUUAACUUGGUAGACGGAGUGUCCGAAUCCUGCGUAGCAUGACGUCACACCAAUGACGAUCCAGCAGCUUGUUUUUUGUCCGGCUCAGUUUGUGGCUUUUUUUUCUCAACAAGACAAAGUCAAAGUUUUGUAUGAGAAUAGACCGCUCGCAAGGGAGCAACGUUUUUCUGUUGGCGACCCACGACAGUACUCUGGUACCCCAAGGGAAGGGUGCCAAAGAACGGAACGGUUGGGGCUGGUUAUUUUGAUACUUUUCUCCAAUGGAAUCGCAGGGAAAAAAAUACGUACUGUACCAAACCAAACCGGUCCACUCGGUGGGAACGUGGCGUAUAAAUCAAUGUGUCGUCACAUGAUUAUGUAAAUGUAUGUCCUAAAAAAAUUUAUUUGUUUAUGUUUUUAUGUCAGUAUUUCCACAUUUCCUGACAUUCACAG